UUUAGAUAAAGUUUUGAACGACUAGUAGAUUUAUACUAGGACAAUUAGAUUAUUCGGUCUCGAUUUGGAUAGUUUAUUAUUUCCCUUGAAAAAUUCUAUGCUGUUAAUGAACAACACUCCAUUUAGCAGUUCUGUUUACAAACUUUAAUCACAUGACAACAGGGAAGGACAAUCGAUCUCAUGAUGUGAGCAUAGCAACAUGGCCAAACCGCUUGACAACAAUCUCAACCAGAUACGACCACCAGGCCCCUGGACUUGAGCGAUGAUACGUGAUUUGAAGUUGAAGAAACAAAGGAUAAAUAGCGGAUAUGAGCAAAGGAAAAGAAGCAGGAAAAAUUCAAGUUUACGUUCGGGUGCGUCCAUUCACGGACAGAGAGAAAGAGAAGCGAGAAACUAAUGCGAUUGAGAUUCAUCAAGAACACUCACUGAUACGAGUGUUGGAUCCAAGAAGUCGGACAAACUAUUUUUUUGAUGGUGUGUUCAGCCCAGAAGCAAGCAAUCAAGAGGUGUACCUCAAAGUUGGAAAACCUCUCGUCUAUGCCGCUCUCAAUGGCUACAAAGGGACACUGUUGACGUAUGGGCAAACUGGGACAGGCAAGACUUUCACAUUGCUGUCAGACGAUGGUGUUACUACGCGAGUUGUCCAGCACUGCUUUGAGAAAAUUGACAACGAUGAGAUUCACACAUACAAGGUCAUGUGCUCGUUUUUGCAAGUCUAUCAAGAGAAGGUCUACGAUCUUCUGAAUCCGCGGUUCAUUGUGGACUUACCGGUCAGAGAACAUCCAAAGAAAGGGGUGUACGUUGCAAACUUAACCCAACACGAGGUGAGAAGCGCUGGAGAUGUGUUCGCGCUCUUGGAAAUUGGAAAGCAACAUCUCGUUAUCGCGGAAACUAAAAUGGUCCGACAUUCUAGCAGAUCACAUUCGAUUAUGCAGCUGAUUAUAGAAAGAAGGCUGAAAGCGCAUAUUGCCAAUGAGAAACCUCCAGCCCCAAGUGAGACGACUGUAUCUCACGAGGCUGUUCAAGAAUCAAUCAUGGCGGUGGAUGAGACGAUAAAUAAUCUCAUAAAAGAACUGAAACAAGAAAGGAAAAGCCAUCAUAAGCGUGAACGGGAAUGUUUGAAAGAGUUAAUGGAGAAGGAGCUAAACAACGGAAACACCUUUGAGGGUGAUCUCAUUGUGAAAGGGAAAAUCAACCUAUGUGAUUUAGCCGGAAGUGAGCGAUUAACAAAAACCAAGGCAGAAGGAGUGCGUCUAACAGAGGCGAAAUAUUUAAACACCUCAUUACUUGAGCUAGGAAAUGUGAUCCACGCCCUUGCACGUGGACAAAAGCGGCACGUGCCAUACAGGAACUCUACUCUCACCAGACUCCUACAAGACUGCCUCGGCGACAAUGGGAAAACUAACUUCAUCAUUUGCAUAGCGCCUUCUCUUGGCGAGGUGAAUGAAACAAAAUGCAGCUUGAACUUUGGUCUUCGAGCCAUGAGAAUAACUAACGUUGCCCGCCUUAAUGUUGAGGUGGACUAUAAAGUAUUGGCUGAAAGAUUGGCGAAAAAACUGGAGGAUCAAGAAAUUAAAUACAAGUUCGAGAAGCUUGAAUACCUCAGAGAGAUACAACGCCUGAAGUCCGCGAUAAGCUGUUAUCAAGAGAGUGAGAACUUCGCUGGGAAAGAUCACGAGAAGUUAGUGUCAGUGAUUGCUAAUCUCUCCAAAAGCGUUCAGCGAGAGAAGGAGGAGAAGAACAAUCUACAAACAGAGCUGGUUUGCCUCAAAAAACAGGUCUCUCAGCCAAUGGGAACUGCUCCUGAUGUCGAGGCUGUUCUGCUGGCUGAGCUCAUGUCCAUGGAACUGCUGGCAAAUUUACAAAACCCAGAUGUAGCAAAAAGCAUUCUUUCAGAUAGCACAUUACCAGCCAAGGUUAAAAGUCACCUAGCAUUAGCAGACACUCAGGAGACGCUCCUGAACAAUGCUGGGUGUUUCUUACAGCUUUUGGACUUGCAUCUCGACUCUGAACUGGAUGCGAACGAGAGAAAGCUUACCGCGUCCGAAGCUAAAGAAUACCUACAGUUUAAUUUUUCUAGGGCAGGCUCAGUGGAGUUGUUUUCCAAAGACUGCUCCAUAAAAAUUUCCCCCAGGGGUGUCCCCCAAGAACCGUGUGUCAGCCUUCCCAUGUACAACACCGGUACUGAUGAUAAUGCCUCUGGACUAGCGGGUGGCGUGCGCAGAAUGCUGGGUAAACUCAUGGGUAGAGAGAGUAAGGACAGAACGGCAAUAUCGCCUGGUACCCAGCCCACCAGUCGCUCAUGCUCAGUUCCUACCAGUGACGUAAAGCCAAGUACACGUGACCAGGACGACGCCAUGAUGAAAACCAAGGCGCUGUUAACAAAACUGACAAGUUCCAAGGAGAAAGUGGAGCAACAAGUCCUUAGUUUGCUGUCCACACUAUUUGAAGAACAAAUCACUAAGACGGAAGAACAAUGCCCACAAUGGAAUGAGUUGGGAAGGAAGCUGACCAAGCUGAUCAUGUUUCGACGCAAUAAUAUGCCUGGUUUGAGUGAAGCAGACAUGUGGGCCAACUCUGAAGACUUGAACACAAUCCUGGAAAACUGUCUUCGGUUUGUGAUCAUUGAUAAGGCUCUGCUAGCUUGUCUGUUAGUGAUAGAGCUUUUGGAUUUGAGACAAGUGUGUGGGACUCUUGAGGACCGAAGAAAGUUUCCGAGCAAGGAUGUCCAGGAAAAAAGCAGUGCCCAGGAAAACCUGUCUCAGGGCAGUUUGUCGCCAAAUACACCACAGGACGAGAAGUUACACUUAAAAGGAAAUGGCAAAUCAUCCGCUUCCAACGAAAGUAAGAAAAUUGUCUUUAAAAGUCAGGAUAAUGGGUUGGGCUCGCCACAGGGUUCCAUGUCCCCAAGACGAGAGAAACUAAAGAAUCUCAAACACACCAAAACAGAACUGGAAAAGGAAAUAUCUGAUAUCCAUGAAGACACAACCAUUCUUGAAACAGAGCUUUUCUCAACCAUGGAGGAGAAAACGAAGGUUGAAGAAGAACUGUUCGGAAUGAAACACCACGUAACCAAACUCAGAUCUGAACUGUUCCAUCUUAAACUUGAAAAAUCCAACUUGGAAAGUGACGUCAAAAAGUCUAAAAGCCAAGAAAAUUUACUGCAAAUUACCGAUGCGGAUGCCGGGUUAAAACCCGCUUUUGAGUCACCCAAGGAACCACAAAGAGGAUAUCCUGAGCUCUCCGACGUUAUGGAAGCGUCACACGAAAGUAACGACAGCGAAAACAGUUCGCAGAUGUCUGAUGGCAAUGAGACCAGAGAGGCGUUCUUGAAAACGUGUAUGGAAAACAUCUCGAAAAUUUACACGCUUAUGCCAAACCACGACGUAGAAAUCGCGAGUGAAGAUGAACUGUCUGAUGAUCAAGAACCGACACUUUCCGACGCGAACAUUGACGACAGUGAUGAAGAGAUCGUUAUCACAAAACUUGCUCGAAGUCUUCGUUCACCUUGCACAAGUCCAGCGAAAGAGAAGGCAUCUAUAGCAUCAUCGCCAAACAAGGGAGGAAAAAAACAAACAGCUGCUAGCAACGGUCAACGAAGCAAAGCCAGCACAGGGAACGAUGUCACUGAAGACCUUGGAAGCAAGUCGAAAGAAGCACUAGUCAAGCAAAUACAAGAACUUAAGAGGAAGUUGCACAAAGCUGAACAAGAGUUAGUUGAAGCUCGAGAAACCAACGAGGAUUUGGAAGAAGAGCUUGACCACAAGAAGGGACAGUUAGCAGAGGCACAGGAAACUAUAACAAACCUCGAAAACCAGAUUGUUGAGGAGAAAGAAACCUGCGAGCAAGUGCGGCAACAGUAUUUUAGCGUUAAAACUCAAAACGAGAUACUCGAUGGAAAGAUAACGGCUUUAAGAUUGGAAAUGGAAAGGGUUUUAAGAGAUAGUAAUGGUGCAAACGUUGCUAGCAAAACUAUGGAAAAUUCGCGAAGAGAUAACCCACCGACAUCUCCAACAAAGACAUCAGUAAAAUCACCAGUAAGGCAACCGACAAAGGCAAAGGUUCCCAAAAUUGACCUCCGAACUCCGCCUCAAAAACAGCUUACCUCAAAUGAGAUGGAGUUUAUUGCUCUUAUUGAAGAGAACGCAGAGAUAAAAGUAAAACUGGGUAAAGCCACUCAAGAGAAAGCUCGUCUGGAAAAGUCACAGAAAUUUGUUGAAGAAAAAUCUUCUAAGAUGAAGGCUGCUCUUCAAACAAGCGAGGAUGCGUGCAGUCGAUUCAAACAAGAAAUGGCAGAACUCACGAAAGAAAAGGUCAGGCUGACCGGCGAAGUUACUGAUUUACGAAACAACAACUCGAAUAUGGCAGAGGAGCUUCAAAAGUAUCGAGAAAAAGCAACACGACUCGAGAAAGAUAUAGAAGCAAUCGCCUAUAUGAGCACGAGACUCGAAAAGAACAACAAAAUGUUGGAAAUGGAGAUAUCGAAAAUGGAAUCCGAGUUGGGCGCUUUAAAAGGCAAGUACGAAUCGAUGAGUCAGGAAUGCCAACGACUUGACCAAGAGAAUCAGCUGGUAAGAAAGGAGCGAGAAAUAGCACUUCUUGAAUUAGGAGCCAUCAAAAAAGAAAAGAGUCAGCUACUAGAGCAGAGGUUUUCAAUCGACGAGGAAAAGCUUAGAAAAGAGAAAGAGCUAAAGGACAACGAGGAACGGCUCUUUGAGUUGGAAUCCGAAAUGUCCGAGCAGAAACGCCUCAACUCAAAUUUGCAGAAAGAGCUAGCAGGUAUGGCAGAAUAUCAAGAAGCGCUGGAAAACGAAUACUCCAAAGUAAAGAACGAAGAAGACAAACUUAAGCAAGAACUAGGUAGAGUAAGUAUCCGGGUAAUGGAAGUUGAAACAGAACUUGCCUUAGCUGCACAGAAUGCCCAUGACGAGACGACAAUCGCUGGAUAUUCCCGCAAGCACCAGAUGAACCAGAGAGGGAAAUCAUUCUCUGGAACACCUAGUAAAAAGUUCUACACCAUUACCCACACAAGUGAAGACGAGAUUGCUGACACGUCUUCUUCCAUAGCAGAAUCUCCCGCAGAUGAAAGCAAACAGACGGAACACGAAAAUCAGCUUCUGAAACUUGAGAAUGGUUAUCUGCAACAGCAGUUAGCAGAAAGCGAAAACGUCCUUGCCAUGUACAGACAAGACUUAGAGAGUGCGCAUGAUCUCUUAGACAAACUACAAGCUGAAGCCAAGGUAUUUGCUGACAAUACGAAGAAUGUGGCGACCGAGGAGGACUGUAAAACGCCUUCAGACAAAGAUGACACCGUUCAAGAAAUAGGAGAUUGCGCUGAAAACGCAAAUGACGAUUACAAGUUACUGGAAGAGAAGCAUGCUGAAUUGACCAGAGAAUACGAAAUCCUUCGUCAACAAUACCAAGAAGCAGUUACUCAGAAGGAAAAAGAAAUAGAUAUACCGACAUCUGAGAAUAAAGCUUUGAAGAAAGACGUGUUUAUUGAUGACAAAUCUAACAAGGAAACACAGCAAGACUUUGAACACCUACAGUGGACUUUAGAAGAGCGAAUAAAGGAAUUGGAAGCUGGCAAUUCAAAACUGAAACUAGCCGAGGAAGAAUUGUCUCAAAACGUGAAGACAAAGAACCAAUUAUUGAGUUCACUGGAAGAUGCCAAACGAAUACAAACAACGCUGGAAGAAAGGAUUAGCGAUUUAGAAAGCGAGAAAGAAAACUCCAAAUUGGCAGAAAGGUCUUUCGAAGACCAAGUAACUCGCUUCAAGGCCGAGAACGAAAAGUUAAGAAUUGAAGUACUUGAGAUGACGAGAGGUGGUCAUCGACAUGCAGCAAAACUGCAGCAAGCUGCGAAAGAUCCAGAACUCGGUAAAACGACUGCUGACAAUGAAAUCAAGAUGCGAAAACUUGAAGAGGAUCUACUGAAAGUUACAAGCGAAAAACUCAAGCUUGAAUUUGAAUUAAGAAGUGCCAACAACGACUGCGAGAGACUCAAAAGCGAUCUCCAUCAGAGCGAGUCCGAGAGGAACUUGUUAAAUACUCAGCUUAAUGACAACAUCGAGCGAGCUGCAAACUUGGAAAUACGACUGAUGGAGAUGAGGUGUUCAUGUGAGACUAUCAAAGAUGAGAUUAACACGCUCAAAAACCAGAAGCGACAAGAAAGUUUCCAUCUUCACGAGGCAAGUGUUUGUAAAGAGAUUUUAGAAAAACGACUAGAAGAUGCACUCAGAGAAAAUAACGUUUUACAACACGACCUGGAGACCACACGUGAAGAAAGAAGAGAAAUGCUGCAGGCGAUCGCUAAGUUAGAAAAAGAAAAAGAACAGCUCACACAAGAGAUAGUUGGAAUAAGGAAACAGAUGCAACAACAGCAUGUCGAGGAAGCAAAAACAAGACCUGCUGGAAUGAGAGAAGAAACUGAAGAGGAUGAAGGGACCACGAUGAAACUGGAGAGCCUCGAAGAACUGGAAAAAUACAAAAACCUACACAGAGAAGACCAAGAGAAACUUAAGAUCGUUCGAGAUGAAUUAGCAACAAUUACCGAAGAUCAUAAACAGAUUAAAACGGAAUUAGAAGAGAUAAAAAAUAUAAAGGAAGAUCUCGAAAAACAGAUAGAAAAUUUGAAAAACACGACACUGGUAAAUGGAGACCGAUUAGCUUUGGAUCUUGAACAACGAUCUGAAAAUGAGGAAGAAACGAACGAAAGAGUCACAUUCGAUACAAUGGAAAUCGAAAAACAGACGAAAUUACUUGAAAAAGAGAAAGGACUUUUGGAGAAAGAGCUAACCCGGGUUCAAGACGAAUGCAACAAGCUCAAGGAAAAACUCGAGGUUAUCAAAAAUGCAACAGAGAAAGCACAAACGCAAGAGCAGCAAAGAAAAGAGCUGGAGGAAAAACAAGUACAGUUAGAGACGGAACUAACACGACUUCGAGAAUUAAACCAAAAGCUUGAACACGAAUGCGAAGGUUCUAAUAAACUAAUAAAGGAGUUGGAAAUAAAGACGAAGGCAUUGGAGAGUUUGCAGAAGGAGCUUCACUGUUUCCACGAAGAGAACGACCGCCUUACACAAGAGGUUGACAUAAUUCAACACACAAGUAAAGCCAUGACAGAUCACCAGUUUAACAAGGAAUCGUUUGAGACAGAGAAAUCUCUACUGAAGCAAGAACUUGAAACUGUUCAAAACCACAACAGAAAACUGCAAGAGCAGAUAGCAGACAUGAGUAAGGAACUCGUGAUAGUCAACGAACAAAAGGAGAGAAUCAGUUCCACAGAAAAAAGAAACGCCGCCUCCUUACAAAAUGAGGUUGAGAAUUUCCGAACCAUGCACCAACACCUUGAAAGUGAACUGGCAACUACACAAGGAAAGGUUAAGGAACUGGAGAUUGCAAAUGAGUCUUUAAAGAAAGAAAACAAAGCUUUUAAGGGGAGAGCAAAUGAAACGCUUCGGAGGAAAGAUGGCCCUAGAAAGACAGCCAGUGUAGAAAACAAAUUGAAGUCGAAGACAAAACACGAGCAAAGUGUGCCAAAGGAAAGUAAAGACGUUUCUUCAGCAGAGGGUGAAGGGGCUGAGACAGACUUGCGACAGAAAGUUGAACAGCUUGAAGACGAAAAGGUUCAACUGGAAAAUGAACUUAAUAAUCUAAGGAAAGACGUCAAUAAUGAUAGCGUUGCUACUUCCCAGGGCGUGUCGAUUGCAACACAAACGCUCGACGACCCUCCACAAGAAAACAAAGAAAUCAGCGAGAUAAGUGGCACUAGACUGACUACCAACCGCGACCAAGGAACAAACACUGAGUCCGAAAGUGGAAAAGAAAGCGCUCCCUUGACAGAGGACGUUAAAACAGGUUUUUCCGUUAUGGCAAAAGAGAACCUAUUACUGGAGAAGAAGGCGUCAUACUUCGCCAGAGCACAAAUGCAGCUGGAGCAGUCUCUUUCCAAAGCACUAGGAGAAAAUUCGACUUUAAAGACUAAAGUAAGCGAAGCAGAAAACGCCCUUGGAAUUCUUCGCGAGAGGGUGCAUGAACUGGAAAACAAGACGUCAACUUCUUUUCAGGUCGUAGACUUGAAGAAAAGUGUCAUGAUAUCAAGUGACAGCGAGAGCGAUUCUGAUGAAAGGGAACUAACGAGCAAAGAUCACAGGAAAGAAAGCCAAAGUGAAGAUAACACGAAUCAGAGUACAGGUUAUCAACCAGAUGCAAAGGAUGUGCAGGAAAGUGAGAGCUGUUCGUUGAACCCAGCCCAAUCUGAUGUCGAUCACUUGCGAAGCGAAGUGGAGCGACUAACAAAAGAAUUGGAAGGUCUGAAAUGCCAAAAGGAAGCCAUCGAGAGUGAUUUGAAGCAGAAAAAAGACGAUUUUGAAGCCAAUACUGAUAUUGAGGAAAAUGUCAACAGACAAGAACAAGAAAAUGCACUCCUGAAACAGGAAAGAAAGAGUUUGCUGGAAGAGUUGGAAGCGGUAACAAACCAACGAAACGUUAUUGAAAGUGAUCUGAGGCAAAAUAAGGAGUCUUGCCUGAAACAAGAACAAGAGAUGAAACAUUUACUUUCAUCGUACAGCCAAGAAAAGGAAAGUUUGCUAAAAGAACUUGAAAAUACCAAGUCAGAUUGCCGUAAAGCGCAAGAAAGACUUCGUGAAUUACAACAGAUCGACUCAGAAUUUGAAGAUAUCCGAAGGAAGAGCGCAGAAGCAGAAAAGCUGAUUACUGAACUCGAAAAAGAUCUGUUUUGUCAAACAGAGAUGAAAAAUGAGUUAAGACGGGAUCUUCAGAGCUAUCAGAACAAGCUCGUAGAAAUGGAGCAACUAGAACUAGAGUUACGCACUUGCCGAACGGAGAACGACGACUUGCAAGUUAUAAACAACCAGCUGAAGGACGAGAUGAAGAAAUGGAAAGAUGAGAAUAACAAUUUAACAGAUGAACUAAAAAAUGCCAAGCUUCAAUUGAGAUCAAUGGAGAAGCAGCGGAAGCAAUCCGUGAUUCGGAAUUCGAAUAUGAAAAGUCUCCAAGAUCAAAGUGUCCAAACUGAAUCAGCUAUUGAUCCCUCUAUCCAUGCCGAUGGCACAUGUGUAGAAGACAGCACAACACAAACAGAUGCAAAGGAUUCAGACGAAGCAUAUGUGUUUAAAGAAACCAGCAAACACGAAGAGGAAAAAUGUUCUCUACUACCAGCCGAGGCAGGAAGUGGGCCUCAUAGGCCAGAUGAAGUUGCAAAUGAAAAGCCUGUGGAAAUAGAAGCUUCCAACAACUCUCAAAUCCAAAUCAACUAUGAAGAGCUUGAAAUAACUGAAAGAAACAGCUUUAGGGGAGUUCCUAUUCCAAUAAUUGUAGUGAGUCAUGUUGAUGACCUUGACACAAGUAACCUCGACAGAACUGGAACAUUAAAUCUCUGCAUAGCAGACUUCGAAAGAGACUCGCCGAACGAUCAGAGCACUCCUGACGAGGAGAAAGAACAAAUCAGAUCUCCCAUGGAUAACGAAAAGACUAGAGGUACACGGGUUGAAGCCAACGAGCCACCAUUGCAAGAGCACCAAACGUCUUUGGUAUUAUCCAUUGGUCAAGAAAACUACAUCAGGGAAAGAGAACACAGCGGAUCCCAAGAGGAAUCAGAAACCAUGGCUGACCAACAAUCGGCACCAAACAACCAGUUAAAUGUUAAAAACCUCGAUGAAAAACAAUUAGAUAAUGAGCCUGGAGAAGAAUUGGAGAUACGUAGAAGUCAGAGAGAGGUUCUCUCCGAUAGCACACAGGGUGCUCCCACCACAAGACAUGAGUUAGAGUGGACGAUCUCCAGUUUAAAGUCUGAGUUGCAACAAAGUGCUGAGGAAAACGAGAAAAGCCAACAUGAAAUUAGCUUGCUUGUGGAAAAACAGCUGUCCAUGAAAAGGGAAAUCAGCUCUUUGCUAAGUGAAUGCGAGUCACUCAGAACAAAGGUGGCGAUACUGCAAACUCAAAACGAAGCCGUUUUAAAGGAACAGAUUCUUUAUGACCAGGAAAACGAGGAACUCCAGCAAAACUUGCAAGAUUUACUUGAAGAGAGGAAUUCGAUAGAGGAGGCCAAGAAAAAACUGGAAAGCGAAAAAGCAAGACUUGAAAUCGAGUUGUCAGAUGCAAUUGAAACAAGAGAAGCGGUUGAGGGAGAAAUGCUUCGCUUUAGAUCUGAAAACGGAAAUGUUUCACGACACAGAAUGGAAGGACAGCUUCAUGACAUAAGCGAGAGAUACGCCAAAUUAGAAACGGUACUGUCGUGCGUUCUUGAUGAGAAUUCAAAGAUGACUGCAGAACUUUCCGCUCUUCGAGCAGAAAACAGUAUGCUGAAGAGUUUCAAGAUUAUGGAAAUAACUGACAAUUGCACUCAAUUCUCGCCGAGAACAACUGAAGAUGAAAGUGAUGGGGAAGGACCACAAUCUGCGAAGAUAAGAAAAUCUGGGAUAAUAACCAAGUUCCCUGCCACACAGUUUUUGCGUCUUGGCGAAGGUCCAACCAACCAAUGUUUGACCAGUUCUACGACUUACGAAGAAUCAAGCCGAGUUCAAGGAGACGAAAAAGGGGCAACAACAGAUGAACCUCCGGAUACUCCAACCCUUGGUGUUAAUGCCAAUAGUAUACCAUCGGCCGCUGAUUCGCCUGGAAGCAGAUCUGAAACAGACCAACGACGAGGGAAAAAAGAAGGAUUUCCUCUUACUCCAACAAAUGAAGAUAGUACUGGAACUCUUUCGACGCCAACUGGCAUUGACGGAAAAGACGCCGAAAACUCUACAAAGGACACUGCGUCCUUAGUUAAAGGAUUGGGCAAAAAACAACAAAGGAAAGCGUUCAAAGAAAAGCCCAGUUCACACCAAAAAUAUGGCACGCCUGACGAUACCGGAAAAGUGGAAUCAGAUGACAAUGACUCCAGUAUGGAGGUCCAUACAAGCAGCUCCCUAGUUUCCGUCACAGAUCUCGACAUAAGCAUCUCGUCCGAUCAAAUCUCUUCAGAGGAUAGCUCUAUAGUGGGUCCAGAAAUUAGGGUACUACAAAGAAUGCAAAAGGAACUCGCAGAGACAAAAUGCAGCAACGUCCUUGUUAAAAAUGAGUUGUCCAUAAUUAGGAAGCACAAUGCUGAUCUUCAGAACCAAGUACAGAAGUUACUCAGCAGGAACAAUCACCUUAAGACGAAAAUGUGCGACAGGUCAUUGACCGUGAAAAGGAUGGAAAAAGAAGUAUCCAAUAUUAAAGACGAGAAUAACAGAUUACAAGAGCAGGCUGUUAUCUUACAAGACGAAAUGGCACGAGUCGAGAAGGAAAAGGCCAAAUUUGAACGUAACAUGUCUUCGACAAAAUCAGAGAACAAAAGACUCAAAUCUGAUUUGUCAAACAUCAAGGCAGAGAGUUACAGAACAAUGAAAGAACUGGUGAACUUGCAGGGCGAGAACAGGAGACUGCAACUGGAAAUUGAGAGGUUAAGGGAAGAAUCGCACAGCCUAAAAGGUCAUUACAGUGACCAAUCUGUCUCACAGGAGUUGUCGCUAUGGGGAGCAAUGUCCCAUGGGGAUAGGAGCACGUCGCGUAGGAGUUUACAAGAAAGAGCUGCUAAACCAGAGCCAGCCUACCUACAACAGAGAGCAGCGAGCGAUCUUUCAUUCGCCCAGCGCCGAAAGCCAGCUGAAGAUGCCCUUACUCCGGAGCUAUCACCUCUUAAUCUCUCCGAAGAACUUCAAAAACAAGCCGAUGGGGAUGAAUGUGGCAAAAGAUUGAUUGGAUCUGCGGACUCGGUCAGUAGCGACGAUAGAUCAAGAUUAGCAGAGCCCGUGUCGAGACGAGGAAGUCAGCUGUCGUUCGCGAGUGAAGCAAGCCAUCCAGAGGAAGCCAAAGAUCGAGAUGAAAACGGACGCACUAGCGAAAACGCUGAAGAUGAACACGACGACGAUGAACAAGGUGGAAAAGGAAAGAGCAAGAAAAAGAUCAAAACGAUUUUAAGGAAAUUACAGCACAGCAAAAAGAGUAAAUCAUCAAAAUAGAUUGCUGUACCUCCCAACUGAAAUACGUUCUCCGAUUGGAGGAGAACGUGACGUGUCACGGGUCAAAACUUACUAACUCACUAGGGAAACAACAACUUGAGCUUGAGCCACACCGCGGCAAAUUCGUGUGCCAGCCGGCGUCAAGCAAAUAAUAUUUUCAGUUUUCUUCUAUUUUUGAGUUAGGAAGCAUAACAAAACACUUAAUGGCUGGCCUCGCCUCACCUCGGGGAACAUUGAGGAUCUCGAGCAAACAAAAUUCACUAUUUCCCUUGGGGCCAGUCAUUAAGUGUUGCAUGUUGACUGAUCAUUCAGUUUUUCCAAAUUAAAGCAUGUUUUUACGAUAAAGUUCGUUCUUGUAAAUAGCGAAAAUAAUUCAAUUGUAGCGCAAUAUUUCUAAUUAAGUAAAAUUUAUUAAUCAAGUGAGAACAAAACUUGUACUCAGAGUCAAAUAAGCAAAUAAUCAAUACUCAUGCACAGAACGAACAAGAAACCUGAAACAUGAUCUCCAUCAUGUAACCAAACAAAUCUAUUUAAAUUAAUUUUUGCUUAAAGUAUAUAGCGUAGUCGUGAAUGUACCGUGGACGUUGAAACUGUUACUUCAGAAGUGACGAUUAUUUUACCAAGAUGCCUCAAUGAUACAAAUAUUGUGCGAUAGUUGUGUUACGCUCCUACCAAGAAGCCUCUGUAUUUUUGUUGUAUUUUUUGUAUUUUUCAAAAUUAGCCCACGAUAGUCCUCAAGUAAACUGCGUAAAUAAACUAAGGUGCCCCGCUUUACACGAAAUAAAGCAGUGUCAGCAGUAAAUUCUGACAACACUUAAAUGUUAUUAGAUUAAUUGAUUGCAGAAGGCAUAGAAAACAAAACGUGCUAACGGUAUUAUUGUCAAUAAUGAUAAAAACGUAGCUAAUUAGUUAUACCCCUUUUUGGUUAACAAGAUAAUGCUCUGCUUUAACGCAUUAUAUUUUAAUGAAACGUUCUUGAAACGUAUUUAAACACACUCAGCGAGUAAAUAAAACAAGUAUCACCUGAAAGGUCUAAAACUAAACAAGUUUGUUCUUUGAGUUGUUUAAGUGAAGAAUUCUUCGUAGGACAUCUAACUAAGAUUUGACCUGAUAAAUUCCAUACUGAUGACAACAUGUACAACAGGUACAAGCUGUUGACAAAAUGUCUAAUGAGCCUUCAAAUAUCCAGCAACUGGCUUCAUUUCUAACCCCAUGGUUGCCACAGGCAUCGUUCCCUGACUCUUCCUUGAUAAAAAUAAGUUUUCCGUGACGAAUUAAAUACAAAACAUCAGAUCUAGUAGUGGCUUCUGGUCUGAACUUACAGCCGUCCUUUCUGACGUCACCCUACAGAGAUCCGUGUAGCGUCUCUAAUUGGCUGUUACUCGGAUUUGAAUCUACGCGCACAAUUAACAACCAAUCAGAGAUGCGGAUCUCUGUAGAGUUAAAUUGGGCUGAAUCUUAGACGUUUAUUGAGCGCCGGAAACCUGUACUAUAAGAUGUUACAUUUUGUGCAACAAGCUGUUGACAAAAUGACUAAUGAACCUUGAAAUAUCCAGCAACUGGAUCCAUUUCUGACCCCAUGGUUGCCACAGGCAUCAUUCCCUGACUUUUGCCUGAUAAAAAUAAGUUUUCCCUGACCAAAUAAAUACAAAACGUCAGAUCUAGUCGCGGCUUCUGGUCUGAACUUUCUACUCGCUCAUUGAGACUAGUACGCUUUUAACAAAUUUUCCUUCUUCAUUAAGGAAAAAUAUCGUUGAGACCACAGUGACCCCAAAUGUUUGUUCCAG